AUUUUUUCUUUUAAGCAAAGUUUUGGUUGUGUCGGCGCAGCACAAGGAACUGCCUAUUUGCCAUACGCCUCUAGCUCCGUAGCAGAACCAAGACAGGCAAGGAGUCGGGCGAGUGAAAGGCUUGGGAGUGAGUGAGUGAGCGAGCGAGGGACCCGUCAAUUCAUCCAUCCCAGUUGUUAAGGAAAAUUGCAUUGCAGCAACCGCGCAUCGAAGAGGAAACGGGAAUAGCAACCCAAAAAAAAACGAGAUAUAAAAAUGGAUCAUUAUGAUGGAGAGGAAAAUACCGAUUACAGGCAGCAAGAAGACGACUGGGACAGGGACCUACUUUUGGAUCCUGCCUGGGAAAAACAGCAGAGAAAGACAUUCACAGCCUGGUGCAACUCCCACCUGCGGAAGGCCGGGACGCAGAUUGAGAACAUCGAGGAGGAUUUCCGGGACGGGCUGAAGCUGAUGCUGCUUCUGGAAGUCAUUUCAGGAGAGCGUCUGGCCAAACCAGAGAGAGGGAAGAUGCGAGUUCACAAGAUCUCCAACGUUAACAAGGCCUUGGACUUCAUCGCCAGCAAAGGAGUUAAACUGGUGUCGAUUGGAGCAGAGGAGAUUGUGGAUGGCAAUGCCAAGAUGACCUUGGGAAUGAUCUGGACCAUCAUCCUCCGGUUCGCCAUUCAAGACAUCUCUGUGGAAGAGACGUCUGCCAAGGAGGGACUGCUGCUGUGGUGCCAGAGGAAGACAGCACCCUACAAGAACGUCAACAUCCAGAACUUUCACAUCAGCUGGAAAGAUGGAUUGGGAUUCUGUGCUCUCAUUCAUCGACAUCGUCCUGAGCUCAUUGACUAUGGAAAACUUCGCAAGGAUGAUCCAAUGACCAACCUGAACACGGCCUUCGAUGUGGCGGAGAAGUACCUGGACAUUCCCAAGAUGCUGGAUGCUGAGGACAUUGUUGGCACAGCCCGCCCUGAUGAGAAGGCCAUCAUGACCUACGUCUCUAGCUUCUACCACGCCUUCUCGGGCGCCCAGAAGGCCGAGACGGCAGCCAAUCGGAUCUGCAAGGUGCUGGCAGUCAACCAGGAGAACGAGCAGCUGAUGGAGGACUAUGAGAAGCUGGCCAGCGAUCUGCUCGAGUGGAUCAGACGCACCAUCCCAUGGCUGGAGAACCGAGCCCCGGAGAACACGAUGCAAGCCAUGCAACAGAAGCUGGAGGACUUCCGGGACUACAGGAGGCUCCACAAGCCCCCCAAGGUCCAGGAAAAGUGCCAGCUGGAGAUCAACUUCAACACCCUGCAGACCAAGCUGCGCCUCAGCAACAGACCUGCCUUCAUGCCCUCCGAAGGCCGCAUGGUGUCUGACAUUAAUAACGCCUGGGGAGGGCUGGAGCAGGCAGAGAAGGGCUAUGAGGAGUGGCUGCUCAACGAAAUCCGCAGGCUGGAGAGACUCGAUCACCUGGCUGAGAAGUUCAGGCAGAAAGCGACCAUCCACGAGGCCUGGACCGAAGGCAAGGAGGACAUGCUGCAGCAGAAGGAUUAUGAGACUGCCUCCCUGUCCGAGAUCAAAGCUCUGCUUAAGAAACAUGAAGCUUUCGAAAGCGACCUGGCUGCUCACCAGGACAGAGUCGAGCAGAUAGCCGCCAUUGCACAGGAGCUCAAUGAGCUGGACUAUUAUGACUCUCCCAGUGUCAACGCCCGCUGUCAGCGCAUCUGUGACCAGUGGGACUCUCUGGGGUCUCUGACCCAGAAGCGCAGUGAGGCCUUGCAGAGAACCGAGAAGCUUCUGGAGACCAUUGACCAGCUGUACCUGGAGUUUGCCAAAAGGGCGGCGCCAUUCAACAACUGGAUGGAAGGGGCGAUGGAGGAUCUGCAGGACACUUUCAUUGUCCACACCAUUGAGGAGAUCCAGGGGCUCAGCACAGCUCAUGACCAGUUCAAGGCCACACUGCCUGAGGCAGACAAGGAGCGUCAGGCCAUUCUGGGCAUCCACAAUGAGGUCAGCAAGAUUGUCCAGACCUACCAUGUCAACAUGGCUGGCACCAACCCCUACACCACAAUCAACCCCCAGGAGAUCAACACCAAGUGGGAUAAGGUCCGACAGCUGGUACCUCAGAGGGACCAGGCUCUGAUAGAAGAGCAUACCCGGCAGCAGAAUAACGAACGCCUGCGGAAACAGUUCGCCAACCAGGCCAAUGUCAUUGGGCCAUGGAUCCAGACCAAGAUGGAGGAGAUCGGGCGCAUUUCCAUCGAGAUGCAUGGCACGCUGGAGGACCAGCUCAACCACCUGCGCCAGUACGAGAAGAGCAUAAUCAACUACAAGCCAAAGAUUGACCAGCUGGAGGGAGACCACCAGCUCAUUCAGGAAGCCCUCAUUUUUGACAACAAGCACACCAAUUACACCAUGGAGCACAUCCGCGUGGGCUGGGAGCAGCUCCUGACCACCAUCGCUCGCACCAUCAACGAGAUUGAGAACCAGAUCCUCACGCGCGACGCCAAGGGCAUCAGCCAGGACCAGAUGAACGAGUUCAGGGCAUCCUUCAACCACUUCGACAGGGACCACUCCGGGACGCUGGGCGCUGAGGAGUUCAAGGCCUGCCUGAUCAGCCUGGGCUUCGAUAUCGCCAACGAUGCACAGGGCGAGGCUGAGUUUGCCCGCAUCAUGAGCAUCGUCGACCCCAACCGGCUUGGGGUCAUCACCUUCCAGGCCUUCAUUGACUUCAUGUCCCGGGAGACGGCCGACACCGACACAGCUGACCAGGUCAUGGCGUCGUUCAAGGUGUUGGCAGGAGACAAGAACUACAUCCUGGCAGAUGAGCUGCGACGGGAGCUGCCCCCGGACCAGGCCGAGUACUGCAUCGCCCGCAUGGCCCCCUACACUGGGCCCGACGCCGUGCCCGGUGCCCUCGACUACAUGUCCUUC